AUGAACCGGGAAACCAUUCUCCGAAAGGUCCGUGAAUGUGAUCCGUAUGGGCGCGUUACCCUCAAGCAGCUCGAAUGGCAUCCAGAAGACAACUCCAAUUAUUAUGCCACCGAUCAAGCCUUCAAUGGCUCGUCCUGGCAAUGUUAUCUUUGCCCAUCUUGUUUCAAAACCCGCCAUGGUCUGAACCAGCAUCUCAACUCUCCCGUACACAAACAGAAGGUCUAUCGUUGUCCCAACGACCGAAGCCAGUGCGGCAAGGAGUUUGUGACACUUGCUGCAUUAUUUCAUCAUCUGGAGAGUGAAUCCUGUUCAGUCGUGAGAUUUGAGACUGCUCAGAAGGGCGUGAACGAUAUGUUCCUGAAAGGGAAAAUGAUAACAUUUUGA